AACCAACGAUACGGCAAGAGGGUUGAGGGAACACCGGAGGAUUCCGCCGGUCCCCUCGUGUGGCGCCAUCCAGCGGGGCUACGGCGCCACUGCACCGACUAUGCCAAAUGCUCCCCACUCCCCCGGAUAUUGUCUCUUCUGCCCCAACUACCCACCCACGUCCCAGCUCUCGAGGGAAUUAUCAAGUAUUCCCAUUACAACUUCUACCGCUGAAAUCACUAACCACAGCACACAUUUGGGUGUUACCAGAACUGAUUGGCCACAGUGCUGUCACGAUGUUGAUGCUGAUCUCGAUGCACUGGUUUAUCCUGCUGCUCAACCUACCCAUUGCUGCCUGGAACUUCUACAGGUACUUGUCUGUCCCCUCUGGAAAUGUGGGGGUCUUUGACCCAACUGAGAUACACAAUCGAGGCCUACUCAAGACUCACAUGAAGGAAGCCAUGAUCAAACUCGGCUUCCACCUGCUCUGUUUUUUCAUUUACCUGUACAGUAUGAUCCUGGCGUUGAUCAAUGACUGAGUGCCUUGACAGAGGGUGUGGAUAGUCACAAGUUUCAAGUUCAGGAUCCGGGACCGGGCUCUCACUUUAACUGGAAGUUGGAGGUUGCAUCAUAUGCAGUUUAUAUUUUGGACCCGACUGAAAUGUGUGUUGAGAUUAUCUUUUUUUAAAUAAAGUUAGUUUAAAUGUA